AUGGAUUCCAUUCUCAGGCCGCUGGUAUGGAGGAAAUUCCAGGAUGGUAACAGAUCAAGAAGUUCUGAAGAAUCAAACAACAGCACCAUCUCAACUCCAAGCUCAGACGCGGAUGAAAUAGAUGGUAUUCUUGAACAUUACGAAGCACCACCCUCGAAGAACAAGGCGUUAAAUCUUGUGGUCAUGGAUGGUUCGGAAUCUGAUGACGCCGAAGUAACUUCAAAAACAAAAUCAACCACUCAGAAGCGAGCCUUGAUUAUUACCAGAACCUCGAUAAAUCAUGAGGAUAUUCAACCUCUCGAAACAACCGCAAAAGUCUUCACUACCAACAACAACACCCACCGGGCACGUCAGCAACAUUGUAUCUUUGAAAAGCGUAACAGUGAAGGAGUGCAAAUAUCACUUGCGAGAUCAUCAUUCAUCGAUGCUAUUGAAUCUAUCAGCUCGAAAUCAACGGUUUCAAAAAUCCAUCACCCCCGAAUGAAUCUUCAACAUAUUUCCGAGACAGAUGGACACUAUGAAGUUGGGAUAGACAAAGGGUUUCAGCAAAAAAGCUUGGAGUCAAAAUUGGUAUCAAAUACUUCCAUCUCCCAUAUAGAUGACUUGGAAGAGCCAGAGACAAUUAACAUCCACUUCCAAAAAGUUUCCAAUCUUGCGAACAUCGAAAUAUGUAAUGUAAAUAACGAGAAGCCGGUAUUUCAACACAUCAAUGAUUUUGAUGGCCUAGACGAUCACAGUCCAAUAACUUUGGUUGAUGAUGCGCCAAAGGAAGGAGAUACGGACUCAAGCAAGAUUGUGCAGCCGGUCAAGUGGGGGUUUGCAAAUCGCUACUGGAAAAAUACCAGCACACGAAUUUCUCCAACGGCCCAAUCUUCCAAAGCAUUCAAAGAGACCGGUGCAAAGAUGGCCAGACCUGCUUUACAUGGAGGCAAAAGACCUGUGAACAGGCUGGGAAAUGCACAAAAUACUCCUUCAUAUCCACACACCCGGCCAAUCGAGCCCUUCAAUCUUCAAUCUGAACGACCAAACAAGAAGCAAAAAACAGAGCAAGCACUUCUAAGCAAUGGGACAGGCGGCGGGCUAAAUCAGUUUGAGCAUGAAGCAAAUCAGGGUCAGGGACCUGUGAGCCAGAUACCUAUACAGAGUCAGUACAAUAGCUCGCCUCACCAAGAAAAUGUCAUUCGCUCAAAAGUGUCUUUUGAACCGUACACCGUAGCUGAAUACCAAGCGGUCAAUGACUUAGUGAAGCCGCGAAAGGAGAAGCGCAAGAGGCAUAAAGUUAACUCUGACCACCAUUCAGAAAGCCAGGGUCAUACUCACGGAAAUGCUGCUUUCAAAGCACAACAGACCACCAACGCUAAGAGACUUACAAACAAUUCACAUCUGGAGGACAUCAGAGACCCGAUAUCGAAUGAAGAAGAUGAGCUGCAGGCUCCACACUCUGCCUCGAAACCCUUUCCUCGUGUUGUAAUUCCGUCUAGUGGCAAUUCACACCUCGCAACCGCACACCAAGCUCCACGUUCGAGAGCAAGCGAGCUCCAUAAAUCGUCGUACGUCUCAAAUUCGCAACUCGAAAGGCGCAUUCCAUCCAAUUCUGUACAAAAGAGACGUGUAUUGGGAGAGAUGAAACUAGAGGACGGCAGUGAGGAUGAGCUCUCGCAAGGAAACCCACCCGAGGUACCGCAUGUAAAGCGGACCAAUAAAUCACGGCAGAACCCGGAAGUCAAUUACAACGAUGGUGAGGAUGAUAUCGACAUGGAAUCGAGCCGUGAUAGAAGGGGUGACAUGACGAAAUGGGGCAGUGAUAUAUCUGACGAUCAAAAGUUACAACAACGGGACCGCAUGGAAUCUUUCAGGGUGGAAAGCCUCUUCUCACCAACUCAUUAUUGGCUUCGGCCAGGUAAAAUGCAGAAGCAGCGCUUGGUUCUGGAUAAAUCUGAAGUGAUUAGACUUGUGAACGAUAAGGAGAUCAUUUUAGAUUUCUCUAUCAAAGCAAGUGCUAUCAAAUACCUAACGAUUGGACGCGAGUCUUGUAAAUUGGUCAUCCGAAAACCUCAAGGAUCUGGUCUCAUGAAAGACGCCGAUAUACUCAUAGAAUUUUCCGGACUUUUGGAGAUUCGAAAUUUCCUCGAGUCGAUGAAGCUAUUCCUAAAAGAUGAUGAAUUUAAAUGGGUGGAAAAUUCUGAAAUCGAUCAAAGGUUUCAUCGUACCCGCGAGACCCUCGAAAAGAGGAAUGACCAAGCAGCCAACAAACGAAGCAGAGCCGAAAGCCUGCCCGAAGACGUUCAACUUUUGUUGUCAAAUCAAGACAGACGAACGGCACAGCGAACCCAAUUGCUUGGGCAUGACGAUCAGCAAGCACAACAUUACAAUCUCUCAAGAGCAAAGAGGCAAAAAAUUCAUGAAAAGAUGCAGAUGCCGCCCUCGCAACAAAAUAAGAAUGAUAGUUCCGAUCCAAUUGAACCCGCCGAGUUUUAUUCAUCAUCGAGCAAAACCAAUGGAACGCGUGCUUCAUUACGAAGCGCUGAGAGACCCAAGUCAUACAAACCGACCUCUGAGGCAAGAAGUCCCAGCCCAGAACGUUGGUCAGAGGUCAAUAGGGACUGGGAAAAGAAUUGGGAGAAAUCUGUGGUAUAUCCUAAGAGCGGUAAGAAGACCGCAACCGUUGAUAAGCAAGAUAUCUACAGGCUUGACAAUGGAGAGUUUUUGAACGAUAAUCUCAUUAUGUUCUAUCUCCUCUGGCUCGAGCAGCAAUAUCCCGAGCUGGCUACUCGUGUUUAUGUCCAUAACACGUUUUUUUACGCAAGUUUAACCAAGGCUGCAAAGGGCAAGAAGGGGAUCAAUUAUGAGGCUGUUGAGAGAUGGACAGCGAAAGUGGAUCUUCUGUCUUAUGAUUAUAUCAUUGUUCCCGUCAAUGAGAACACUCAUUGGUAUGUGGCGAUCAUAUGCAACGCACCCAGACUUCUCAACCUGGAGAUCAAGCAGUCGCCACAACCUAUCGAAAAUGGUGUGCAAUCUGAACAGGAUAGAGAAAUGGAGUCUCGUAGCGCAAGCAAGCUCACUACACCCUCUAAAUCACCACAGUCUACCCCCAUGAGAUCUGUGAGUGAUAAGGAUGAGACUGGUGUCCACGAUAGCUUUGGAGAGUUGUCAUUGGCACAUAGUAAGGAAACCGAAACUCCGAUCGAUUUCGAACCUGCAAGAAGUUUCCCACCCAGUAACCACGGAUUGCCACCUGCUCCAUUGGAAACGGAUCCGGACGAUACUGCCAUAGAAAAGUCUGCCACAAAUGUGAUUGAUCUAGCACAAUCGAGCUCGCCACCGGCAAAGUCAAACUCCGUGGCAAAGGGCAAAAGAAUUCCUCCAAUUCGCACAUAUGACCCAAAGCAGCCUAGAAUUAUCACUCUUGAUUCACUCGCUUUGAAACACUCCAAUACUUGUAGCAAUCUAAAAGAUUACAUGGUCGCCGAAAUUAAAGCGAAGAAAAGCAUGUCAAUCACACCCCCUAAACCCAUUGGUAUGGCGGCAAAAACACAGGACAAAGACAGUGCCACAGGAAGAUAUUUAGGCAAAGGUCUUCCUGUUCAAGGCAAUUUUUGUGAUUGUGGCGUGUACCUGCUAAGCUACAUUGAGGAAUUCUUCGAACGCCCUGAUAGUUUUAUAGAAGAUAUCAUGGAGAACAAGUACGAAGUCGAUGGCGAUCGGAAUGAUGCACCUGCAUUUCGUACUAAGAUCCGCGACAUUCUCCUUGAACUUCAGAAGGAGCAAGUUCAAGAAGCAUAUGCAGCCAAAAUGAUCAGAACAGCGAAAAAGGCUAAAAAGGGGAAAGAUGUUCCAUUCAUGACUGCUAAGAAGACUGAUCUGUCAAAGCCGCAAACAGCGUCUAGCUCUGAGUCAAUCGUUGCUCAACAAAACUCCAUUGCUAACACCUCUACUCUCAAUGAACGUCAUGAUUAUGAAGAUACCUCGACAGAGGCGAAGGAUUCUCUAAAAUCGUUGCCAAAAGCCAAGGAGGUUAUCAAUAUCAGUGAUAGCCAGGGCACUCUUCAGGAAAACUCUCAAGAGGGCCCUGAAUCAAUAUCUGUUAAUGUUAUAGAUAAUAAGCCAAUUGAAGAGCGAUCUAAGUCGAGAGUUCGUGACAGAGAACCUCGCCAAACUGCUCAUACUGUGGCCAAUACUUCCAAGCCUGCUAUACACCUUGAGAUUCGUGAUUCCCAAGAAGAUGAAGAAACCACACAGGAAGGUGCGGAUCAACGAUUGUUAGCCCAAUACCCACGAAGGAAGCCCUCUGUCAUUGAUCUCGAGAAAGACGAGUCUCAUAAGGGCGAGGAACCGACUGAGCAAGAACCUCGAAGUGGUACAAGUUUGAUCGGCAAUGCUGUUAAUGCUGUUGGCAAUUUUUGCAAUUUGUUCAGCAAAUCGACGGGCCAGGCAGCCUUACAAGGCGAAGUUUCCGGACUUUUACCAGCGCACGAAUCCCGGGAGGAUGACUGUGUGCAAGGUCUAGAAAUUCCAUCGCGUUCUGGUAUGAAUUCACCUCGACAAUUGGAAAGUGAUGUAAAACCGAGACGAAAUGGAACAGUAUUACGUUCUCUAUCGCCAGAGCAGCGUGGCUCAAAUUUGGCAAAAUGGACAGGGUCAAAAUUCAAUGGGGACGUUAUGGAUCUGACUGGCGAUGACCCAAUGCUUUUGGAUGAGACUGAUGUUAGUUUCUCAAGGCUUCAACAAUUUCCGCCUUCCCCGCCAGUAGCUAGUUCGCGAAAACAUGAUCGUUCAAAAAUCAAAACACCUGACAUGACACAAUUCGGGCGACGAAAGACUAGCUCGGGAACAAAGGAGCCCUCAGAGCGCUUUCAGGAUUCUGUCAUGGAAGGAUUUGUAAACAAUAAAUCGUUGCUUAGGCGAGAUCCUAUGGAGGCGAAGAUGAUUUCUCAGAAUAAGCACUGA